UUUAUACUGUUGAAUGUUUUAAUUGGUCUCAGUGCAGUGUGUUGUGGUAUUUAAAAUAUUAGUUUAUUUUAUUUAAGGUUACUUGUUGCAUAACGCCGUCCCCUGAGAUUGGCACGACGCAUUAUUGAGCGAGCAGAGGCAGAGCACAAAAGUCAACAAUGAGGUUUCCAGUGCUGCUACUGUCAGUGGUAUGCUCCAGCAUCGGUCAUCCGAUCGACACAACGCCGACCUACGAUUCAUCUGAAAUAUCAUCCAUACAACGGCAAGUAAACCUGAUCUCAUACAUCCAAAACUUCAAGCAAGUCAUGGCGGAUUACGUCAAAUCUCAAUACAGCAAUUUAUCGAUCAACGAAAUCGAAAAAGUGAAGGCAACUCUAGAAGAUUUCUUAAAGAAUUUCGCCAAAGAUCUAAAAGAAACAAUGGAAGGUGUAAACAAUGAAGAGCCCAUAGACAAGACAAACGACGAACAGUUCGCGGAAAUAAAGCGGAACAUGAUCAGAGAGUUCCCGGAUGUGACGCCAGAGGUUGCUGACAGGAUCGUCCAUAAACUAAAGAAGAAUUUGUAUACUACCCGCAGUAAAUUGGAUGAAAUUAUUAAAGAAUCGGCGCAAGCGCAAGUGGAGAAUUCGAAAUAAAACCUGCAUUGGUGAUUUAAUUUUAAAAAUAGGAAUAAGCACAAUAGGUAAGAUCUUAUUAUUUAACUUAUUAGUGCAUCGAAUGCUGGGGCCACACUAACGGCUAACGUCAAUGUCCAUUAUCGCGUUAAUUAUUACGACUUAGUGUGGUGUGGCCCGAGCAUAAGAAAAAGAAAAAAAAAUCUAACUAGCUAUAAGUAGAGCUGUUAUGUUCACAUGAACUUUUGUAUGAAAAUUAUAUUUAUUU